UGAAAACGCAGUAUUCGAUAGAUUGCUAAGGGUGGGACGAAGAAGUCUGACGUCUUCGCAGUUCCUCACAGUUCCUCGCCUUGAUUUAGUUAUCAAUCAUUUCGAGGGACUGUAGCUCCACAUUCUCUAGAUAACCAGUUUUAUUCGGUACAGGCAAUUUCCGAAAACGGGGGAGGGUACAGAAAUCAGUGGGAGUUUUUUGUAAAACGAAAAAUAUAGCUAGCUGAACCGGCUGAAACAACAGAAAUGGACGAAAAGGCGUUUACGAAGGAAAUCGAUCAAUGGAUAGAGCAACUGAAUGAAUGCAAACAGCUCUCAGAAAGUCAAGUCAAAUCGCUGUGUGAGAAGGCAAAAGAGAUAUUGACCAAGGAAUCUAAUGUCCAAGAGGUACGAUGCCCAGUCACAGUAUGUGGCGACGUCCAUGGCCAGUUUCAUGACCUCAUGGAGCUCUUCAGAAUUGGAGGGAAGUCACCCGACACAAACUACCUGUUCAUGGGAGACUAUGUGGACAGAGGCUAUUAUUCUGUGGAAACUGUCACACUCCUUGUAGGUCUUAAGGUUCGGUACCGGGAACGUAUAACAAUUCUUCGAGGAAACCAUGAAAGCAGACAGAUCACACAAGUGUAUGGCUUCUAUGAUGAGUGCCUAAGGAAAUAUGGCAAUGCAAAUGUUUGGAAAUACUUCACAGACCUCUUCGAUUACCUUCCUCUCACUGCCUUGGUAGAUGGUCAGAUAUUCUGUCUUCAUGGAGGACUGUCGCCAUCCAUAGACACAUUGGAUCACAUUCGAGCUUUGGACCGUUUACAGGAAGUUCCCCAUGAGGGGCCCAUGUGUGACUUGCUGUGGUCAGAUCCUGAUGACCGUGGGGGUUGGGGUAUCUCUCCCCGAGGUGCAGGCUACACCUUCGGGCAGGACAUAUCCGAAACAUUCAACCAUGCCAAUGGCCUUACUCUGGUGUCCAGAGCUCACCAACUUGUCAUGGAGGGGUACAACUGGUGUCAUGAUCGUAAUGUGGUAACGAUCUUCAGUGCACCCAAUUACUGUUAUCGAUGUGGUAACCAGGCAGCUAUUAUGGAGCUUGAUGACACCCUGAAGUAUUCCUUCCUGCAGUUCGAUCCUGCGCCUCGCAGAGGGGAGCCUCAUGUGACUCGUCGCACUCCAGACUACUUCCUGUAAUCUCCUAACUCUGUAUAGUACAGUAUUGCCAUGAUUUUAAUAAACUACAUUCAGCUU